CAGAGAGUUUGCUGGGACGUUUAGUUUGAUGUCCAUUCUGCCGACCAAAGGCGGUGAAGGCGAAGAAACAUCCCACUCUGGUUUUACGGAUGAUGACUCCUGCUGCACCGGCUACCAGACACAGAUUCAAUUGCAUAAGCAAGCCGCGAUAAUUUACCUAUCUUGAAUAUCCAGGAAGUUUGACAUGUCAGCACAACAGGCGCAGGAUCAAGUUGACGCUCCAACAAGCUCUUUACCAGCUAUAACCCAAUCCCUGCCUGAUCGCACUAUGGACCCCGCUGCUGGAGGGGAAGGCCCCCCAGCCGGCGAGAUGUCCAAGAACGCUGCUAAGAAGGCUGCUAAGAAGGAGAAACAAGCUGCUGAGAAAGCUGAAAAGUCGGCCAACAAAGGCAUAGGCAAAGCGGAAUCGAAAAGUAAACCUUCGCAGAAAGCACACAAGAAAAAAACCGACGGCCCCGCUCUGAUUGGUAUUGAUGUCUCGAAGGAGCAGGAUUUUUCAGGUUGGUACCAACAGGUGCUAUUGAAAGGGCAGAUGUUGGAUUACUAUGAUGUGUCGGGUUGUUUUAUUCUAAAGCCGCAUUCGUACUUCAUUUGGGAGACGAUCCAAGAGUGGUUUAACAAUAAAAUUAAGAAGAUGGGUGUUAAAAAUUGUUCUUUCCCGCUGUUCGUCUCCGAAGACGUCUUAAAAAAGGAGAAGGACCAUAUAGAAGGGUUUGCUGCCGAGGUUGCUUGGGUCACUCAUGCAGGAAACUCCGCGCUGGAGCGGAAAAUUGCCAUUCGUCCCACGUCAGAAACAGUUAUGUAUCCCUACUAUGCCAAGUGGAUUCGAAGCCAUCGGGACCUACCUCUCCGGCUUAAUCAGUGGAACUCUGUCGUCAGAUGGGAAUUCAAGAACCCUCAGCCAUUCCUCCGCACUCGUGAGUUCCUCUGGCAGGAAGGCCACACUGCACAUUUGACCGAAGCGGGUGCUCGUGAAGAGGUACUGCAAAUUCUCGAGCACUAUGCCCAUGUGUACGAGGACCUUCUUGCGAUUCCCGUCAUUAGGGGCCAGAAGACCGAUAAAGAAAAGUUUGCAGGGGGUCUUUACACUACCACAGUCGAAGGUUAUAUCCCAGCUACAGGCCGUGGAAUUCAAGGAGGAACGUCUCACUGCUUGGGCCAGAACUUUAGCAAGAUGUUUGGGAUCACCGUUGAGGAUCCGUCAGCUAAGCCUGAAGAAAAGAAACCCGCACUCCAUGUUUGGCAGAAUUCUUGGGGUCUCUCUACCCGUACUAUCGGUAUUAUGGUCAUGGUCCACGGCGAUGAUCGUGGCCUGGUGAUCCCACCGCGUGUCGCGGAUAUCCAAACCGUGAUUGUGCCCGUUGGCACUGGUGCCAGGACUACUGAGGCAGAGAAGACGGCCUUGAUGGCCGAAAUUGAUGCUCUAGCAGCUGUCCUUCAGGCUGUUGGGGUCAGAGUUGAAGUCGACAAGCGAGACUACACUCCGGGUUGGAAAUUUAACGACUGGGAGCUGCAUGGUGUCCCUCUUCGACUCGAGUUUGGACCAGGCGAAUCAGCUGGCCAUUAUGUGACUGCCUCUCGCCGUGAUAUUCUUGGCAAGGAUGGGAAGUCCACCAUCCCCAUCACUGAACUUGGCGUUCAAGUCCCAGCCCUUCUUGAAACCAUUCAAGCCGACCUUUACAAACGAGCAGAUGCUACCUACAAGGCACACGUAAAGCAUAUCACUAACUGGGAUGACUUCACUCCUGCCCUUAACGAAAAGAACCUUUGCAUGAUUCCUCACUGUCUGACUGAGCAGUGCGAAGACGAAAUCAAAGACAUGAGUGCACGCAAAGUUGAGGAAGAGACGGGUGAGGCCCAGGACGCCAGGGCCCCAAGUAUGGGCGCGAAAAGCUUGUGUAUUCCAUUCGAGCAGCCCGAGGGCAUUGAGAAGGGAGUCACAAAAUGCACUAACCCCAACUGCGAGCUGUUCGCAGAGAAAUGGUGCCUGUUUGGACGCUCCUACUAAACACUUCAAAGCCUCUCUCCGUUCUUUCUAAUAUACCCAAGAAGCUCGGUUCCUUGCGUGCAGUUUUCUACCGAACUUAGGACUCUCACACCUACAUUUCCUGAUCCAUGAUGAGGGCGUAAACACAGAGCCUUUUUGAUCCUGCUAUACAUGUUUUUAAUUUCGCAUAUGUCCUCAAUCUCGGCAAUUUCUAUUUACGUCGUCAUCAUUCGAGAGUAUUUAAGAAGAAAAAAAAGCGUAAAGAGAAUAAAUACAAGGAUAAAAAAUAUUAAAUAAUGAAGAAUAUUAGUUCCAAAUA